ACAUUUUAAUAUUCGUUAUUAGUGUCUAUAUGGGCUAUAUAUAUGGAUAAAUAUAGGGCCUAUAUGUUAACGUAUUUUCCACUGUUCAAUGUAUCGCUCUUCUGUCAUUGAAGGUGAAAAAGUAAAUCCAAUAUGUCAGCUCCCAUGAUAUCGUACUGUGUUUCACGUACCUGCUAUAAAAAAUACGGAAUAAGGCUUUUAGCGAAAUAUCCAUGUUGGCAUAGAAAUGUGAAAUUCAAGAACACUUGGAUUGCAAGAGAUAGAGAAAGUUCGUAUGCCCCUGGACAGUUAUUUGAUUAUCUGAAAUGGAGGCUGACAUUGAGCUCUGUCGGCUCCUGCAGGCGGUUCCACUGUCGCGUUGUUUCCCGUGUUAAUGCCGAUGGAUCUAAUGAGACAGCCAGUAACACACUACGAGAACAAAAUCAGGAUAGCAAAGGGAAGACUGAGAAGACCAAACAUGGAGCAACAUAUGAUAUACCAACACCACCUGGUCAGAAAAAAGACACAACAAGACCUCUGCCCAGUGUUUACAGUUCAGAGUUUGUGGAGGCAGCAUGGUAUGACUGGUGGGUAGAACAAGGCUACUUCAAGCCAGAUACAAAGAUAAAGCCAGGAGAGGAGAGGUUUGUGAUGUGUUUGCCCCCACCUAACGUGACAGGGACCCUACACCUGGGACACGCCCUCACAUGCUCCAUUCAGGAUGCCAUUGCUAGGUGGUACCGGAUGAAAGGGCGUUCAGUGUUGUGGAUCCCGGGAUGUGACCAUGCAGGUAUUGCCACACAGGUUGUCGUUGAGAAACGACUUGCAAGGGAGCGCAACAUUACACGACAUGACAUAGGCCGGGAACUCUUUGUUAAGGAGGUGUGGAAAUGGAAACAAGAAAAGGAGGACUCAAUCCUGGAGCAGGUUAAGAAGCUUGGAUCAUCACUUGACUGGAGCAGGUCAUGUUUCACCAUGGAUGAGAAGUUAUCGUCCGCAGUAACAGAGGCCUUUGUACAUCUCCAUGACGAAGGCCUUAUCUUCCGGAGUAAGCGUAUGGUUAAUUGGUGCUGUCACCUCAAGUCUGCCAUCUCUGACAUUGAGAUUGAGCAAGUCUCACUUGAGGGACCAACUAAAGUCAAGUUGCCCGGAUAUGAGGAAGAAGUAGAGAUGGGAGUUAUCACAACCUUCUCCUAUCCAGUGGUAGGAUCAGAUGAGGUCAUUGCUGUGUCCACUACUCGGCCAGAGACCAUGUUGGGUGACACGGCUGUUGCUGUCCACCCUGACGACCCCCGCUACACCCACCUUCAUGGAGUCCAGGUGUGGAACCCCUUGGCUAAUCGGAGUUUCCCUGUGGUGUGUGAUACCUAUGUGGAUCAGACCUUUGGUACAGGUGCCGUUAAAAUCACUCCUGCACAUGACCCCAACGACACAGAAAUCGGUCAACGACACAAUCUCCUCAGCAUCAAUGUCAUUGAUGAUGAAGGCAAGAUGGAGAAUGUCCCUGAGAAGUACUGUGGUAUGAAAAGGUUCCAUGCACGGGAAGCUGUCAUACAGGAUCUCAAAGACCAGGGACUCUACAGGGACACAAAGUCCCACUCAAUGGUCCUACCCUUCUGUAGUCGAUCAAAGGAUGUGAUUGAACCUCGUCUUAAGGACCAGUGGUUUCUCAACUGUAAAGAGAUGGCAGAACAGGCCAUACAGAGUGUUAAGACUGGGAACCUCAAGUUGAUCCCUGCCUCAGCAGACAAGUCUUGGUUUCACUGGCUGACCGACUGUCAAGACUGGUGCCUGUCACGUCAGAUUUGGUGGGGUCACAGAGUACCAGCCUACUUCAUCACCAUUAGUAACCAGCCCAGUGCUGAGGGAGUGUGGUUUAGUGGUCGAACAGCUGAGGAGGCUCGCAAUAAAGCUGCCAUCAAUCUAGGAGUGUCAGCUGACUUAUUGUAUCUACAACAAGAUGAUGACGUCCUUGACACGUGGUUUUCCUCGGCUUUAUUUCCGUUCUCUUCUCUGGGCUGGCCCACUCAGACAACAGAUUUAGAGAGAUUCUAUCCCACAAGCCUCCUAGAGACAGGAAGUGACAUCAUGUUUUUCUGGGUAGCGAGAAUGGUCAUGCUUGGAUAUAAACUCACUGGUCAACUCCCAUUUACAGAGGUUUUACUUCAUGGGACUUUACGUGAUGCUCAUGGUAGGAAGAUGAGUAAAUCUCUCGGGAAUGUGAUUGAUCCUAUGGAUGUGAUACAUGGAAUCUCAUUACAGGAGCUCCAACAGCAGGUGAAACAAAGUAACCUUGACCCUUCAGAGGUCACCAAAGCUCAGGAAGGUCAGGCGAAGGAUUACCCACAAGGCAUCCAGGCUUGUGGUACGGACGGCCUGAGAUUCGGACUCUGUUCCAUUGACUACAGUGCCCAAGCAGUAAACCUUGAUAUGGGACACAUAGACAGUAAGCGUCGCAUGUGUAACAAGAUUUGGCAGGGCUUUCAUUUCUUCCAGGCAAAUCUUGAACCUGACUUCAAACCCGCAGUAAACUUCAAGUCGGACGUCAUGGUGACCAACUUGAUGGACCGGUGGAUACUCAGUCGUCUAAGUCACAUGGUCGUGUCAUGUGACAGGUACUUCACAGACUAUAAGCUACAUGGCGUGACAGAUUGCCUGCAGACGUUCUGGAUCAGUGACUUUUGUGACAUAUAUCUGGAGUCUGUGAAACCCUUAUUUAGGGAGGACAAUAGCAGGGCUGACACAGCCAAACAAGUGAUGUGGUACUCUAUAGAAACAUUCCUUCGUGCUCUCAGUCCUUUAAUGCCCUACCUGACUGAGGAGCUGUACCAACGGUUACCGACGGCAACUGACCGCCCGGAGAGUGUGUGUAUCAGUCAUUACCCGUCUGUAGAGGAGGUUUCCUUCCAACAUGAGAAAUUAGAGGAAGCUGUUACCAUAGUCAAGUUGUUGAAGAAUGUAAUAUUAUCUGUACAGAUCCGGUACGGCAUCAAAUCCAAAACUCUGCCAGUGAUGAUCCAGGUGACAGAUGAGGACCUACUAGAGACACUGUCAGAGGGAUCUCUAUUGACGACCUUACUGACACUGUCCAGGGCUGGGUCUGUUAACUUCCUCUCCACGGGCCAGUCACCUCCUAAAGGCAGCCUUUCCCUCACACCAAGCCCACAAGUCCAGGUUUUUUUAAUGUUAAAGGGUAUCAUAGACCCAAAGAAGGAAAUCAAGCGACUGGAAAAUAAACUGAAGAGACUAGAAAAAACGAUGAAAAACAAGUUAAAGAGGAAAAAGGACAGUGCAGACUUUAUUAAAUUGCAAGAAGAAAAAGAUAGUUAUAUCAAAGAAAUUGCUGCUAUGAAGAAAUAUGAAAUGGAACAAACAGAAUGAAUGUUGACAUCACAGACUUUGUCAGACAGUCAAUAGUGAAUGUUGACAUCACAGACUUUGUCAGACAGUAAAUAGUCAAUGUUGACAUCACAGAUUUUGUCAGAGAGUAAAUAGUGAAUGUUGACAUCACAGACUUUGUCAGGGAGUAAAUAGUGAAUAUUGACAUCACAGAUUUUGUCAGAGAGUAAAUAGCAAAUGUUGACAUCACAGAUUUUGUCAGACAGUCAAUAGUGAAUGUUGACAUUACAGAUUUUGUCAGACUGUAAAUAAUCAAUGUUGACAUCACAGACUUUGUCAGACAGUAAAUAGUGAAUGUUGACAUCACAGACUUUGUCAGACAGUCAAUAGUAAAUGUUGACAUCAAAGACUUUGUCUGACAGUCAAUAGUGAAUGUUGACAUUACAGACUUUGUCAGACAGUCAAUAGUGAAUGUUGACAUCACAGACUUUGUCAGACAGUAAAUAGUGAAUGUUGACAUCACAGACUUUGUCAGACAGUAAAUAGUGAAAGUUGACAUCAAAGACUUUGUCAGACAGUAAAUAGUGAAUGUUGACAUCAAAGACUUUGUCAGACAGUAACUAGUGAAUGUUGACAUCACAGACAUUAUAACACAGUAAAUAGCAAAUGUUGACAUCAGACUUUGUCUGACAGUCAAUAGUGAAUGUUGACAUCACAGACUUUGUCUGACGGUCAAUAUUGAAUGUUGACAUCACAGACUUUGUCUGACGGUCAAUAUUGAAUGUUGACAUCACAGACUUUGUAAGACAGUCUAUAGUGAAUGUUGACAUCACAGACUUUGUCAGACAGUAAAUAGUGAAUGUUGACAUCACAGACUUUGUCAGACAGUAAAUAGUGAAUGUUGACAUCACAGACUUUGUCAGACAGUCAAUAGUAAAUGUUGACAUCAAAGACUUUGUCUGACAGUCAAUAGUGAAUGUUGACAUUACAGACUUUGUCAGACAGUCAAUAGUGAAUGUUGACAUCACAGACUUUGUCAGACAGUAAAUAGUGAAUGUUGACAUCACAGACUUUGUCAGACAGUAAAUAGUGAAAGUUGACAUCAAAGACUUUGUCAGACAGUAAAUAGUGAAUGUUGACAUCAAAGACUUUGUCAGACAGUAAAUAGUGAAUGUUGACAUCACAGACUUUGUCUGACGGUCAAUAGUGAAUGUUGACAUCACAGACAUUAUAACACAGUAAAUAGCAAAUGUUGACAUCAGACUUUGUCUGACAGUCAAUAGUGAAUGUUGACAUCAAAGACUUUGUCAGACAGUAAAUAUUGAAUGUUGACAUCAAAGACUUUGUCUGACAGUCAAUAGUGAAUGUUGACAUCACAGACUUUGUAAGACAGUCUAUAGUGAAUGUUGACAUCACAGAUUUUAAACAUUCGUGGUUUUGCCUUGAUUUGAAGUAGCCCGGUGUGGAUCUGACUUUCCACACAAGCUACAACUGUAGAUAGUGUGUGUACACAAGCCUAAUCUGUGAUAUAAAAGUAAAGACGAACUAUAGUACCAGGUUAUGUCAAAAUUGUAAAUAAACAAUGAAGUAAAGCU